UCGCUCUGCCUCUCUCUGUCUCUCUAUUCAUAUCUACAAUGACAAAAGGGAUUCCCUGAAUUCCAUUUUUCUUUUAUUAUUCAUCUCACAGAAAUCUCAUUUUUCAUGGAUCCGAGGGCGGAUCUUUGCGUGCUGAGUUUGAAACCACAAACAGUCUGUCCCCUGUAAGCUGGUUCCAGGUUUUAACUUCUCUGCCUGUAAUUUCUUAUCCAUUCCUUAGCAUUUUUAAUCCCAUUCCGAUUAUAUUUAGUCUUCCAGAAUUAUCUUUUUUCUGUUUCAGAAUUGGAAUUUCAGAAAAUUAAGAUCAAUCCAUCAAAAUCUGCACUUCUUCCUUAUCUUCCUUCAAAUGCAAUUAUUCCCUACAUUAUUGUUCCUAGAGCUCUCAAAUACCCAUCAAAUUCUUAAAAGUUAGUGAAUUUCUGGUUUUAAGUCGAUUGAUAUCACAAGUCGAUAAUCAUAAAAUGGCUGAACUAGAGCAAUCAACGAAACCUGUUCUCCAAAGACCUCCAGGUUACAGAGACCCGAGCAAUCCGGUCCCGAGACCGCCACUUCGAAAAGGAGUCCUGCCACCUUCAUUCCAGCCGAGGGGCAAUCGCAAAAUCUGUAGUAGUCGUCUAUGCUGUUGUAUCCUCUGCAUUACCUUCGCAACAAUCUUAUUCUUCCUAGGAUUGCUGCUUGCGUUUGUCUACCUCUGGUUCGAUCCAAAACUUCCCGUUUUCCACGUCCAGUCAUUUAAGAUCCCUAUUUUUAACGUCAGUGCUAAACCCAACGGCAUCUAUCUAAAUGCGGCGACGGUGGCGAGAGUGGAGGUUAAGAACCCAAACUCUAGACUAGCGCAUCGAUACAGUGUGUACCAGGUGGACGUGACACUGGGGAAUGAUCAGGGGACUGAGUUGGGAUCCACGACUCUGCCAGGGUUCACUCAUGCUAAAAGGAACACUACGAGUCUUAAGAUUGAGACUCAACUGAAGAACCAGCUGAUCGACGAUGCGACAGGGUCAAGGCUCAAGACUCGGUAUAAAAGCAGGAAUUUGGUGGUGAACGUGAGGGUGAAGACCAGUGUGGGUUUGGGCGUCGUGAAAGGAUUCAAGAUAGGGAUGUUAGCAGUGGCUGUGUUGUGUGAUGGUAUAACGUUGAAGGAGGAUGACGGUGGUCAUAUGCCCAGAUGUACUAUUCGCACUCUCAAAUGGUUGGUGGUAAAAAAGAAGAAUGGUGAUACAAUUGUACCCAUUUUUAUUAAAAAAAAAAAAUGACUGUAAUAUUUACAUACAAUAUUCUUUACUUUAAUGUUGGGGAGGGUAAGGAGACGGGAGAUUUGGGGGUGUCAUAGCAUCGACAACAGUGAAACGUGGGUCCAUGUCUACACUUUGGUUCCGAUUACGAUGUAAUUGUAAUGAGGAUACAGACGUAAACUUAAUUAUUUGUUUAAUUUUAGUGGUUGAUGGGGUUUAUUCUAUACCACA